UAUUAUCAGUAGUAAACGUAACAAACUCGACAGCUAUGUGGAAAUUAAUUAUUUUUAACUUCAUACUCGGCUUUAAUUAUCAAUUUGUAGCAACCAAUUUGAUCGGAGGGAAUUCAUCCGCUUUAGAUUACAAAAGCGAAUUCGAAAAGUUUAAGAGUACUAACAAUCGUAAGUAUCUUCGCGACUACGAUGAAGUGCGGAGCUUCAAGGCGUUUGAGGAGAACUACAAAGUUAUCGAGGAGCACAACCAACAUUACAAGGAGGGUCAAAAGAGCUUCAGAUUAAAGCCCAAUAUUUUCGCGGAUAUGAGUACAGAUGGCUACCUAAGGGGAUACUUGAGACUCCUAAAAAGCGAUGUCGCAGACAGCGCAAACAAUAUUGCUGAAAUAGUGGGUUCUCCUCUGAUGGCGAACGUGCCGGAAAGUUUGGACUGGCGGCAUAAGGGCUUUAUUACGCCGUCGUAUAAUCAACAGUCCUGCGGCUCCUGCUACGCCUUUUCCAUUGCGGGCAGCAUCGCAGGACAGGUCUUCAAGCGCACCGGAAAGGUGUUGAGUUUGAGCCCGCAGCAAAUCGUGGACUGCAGUGUUUCGCAUGGAAACCAAGGAUGCGUGGGAGGGUCCUUGCGAAACACGUUAAUUUAUUUGCAGAGCACUGGAGGCAUAAUGAGAGCGGAGGACUAUAAAUAUGUUGCAAAGAAGGGACACUGUCAGUUUGUUCACGACCUAUCAGUAGUGAAUGUAACCUCCUGGGCCAUACUUCCGGUGCGCGAUGAGCAGGCGAUUCAAGCGGCAGUUACCCACAUUGGACCUGUAGCCAUCUCCAUUAAUGCCACCCCAAAGACCUUUCAGCUCUAUAGUGACGGCAUCUACGAUGAUGCCUCGUGUUCAGCCGCCUCUGUGAACCAUGCCAUGUUGGUUAUUGGUUUCGGGAAGGACUAUUGGAUACUGAAAAAUUGGUGGGGCGAACUUUGGGGCGAAUCGGGUUACAUGAGGAUCCGAAAAGGAGUCAAUAUGUGCGGAAUCGCCAAUUAUGCUGCUUAUGCGGUAGUGUGAGACAUUCCCCUUUCUAAAUUCUGUGCAAAUAAACGGUGUAACAACCUGAAAUAUGUUUUAUUUUAUGAACAUAUCUUUUAAACACUUAUCAUAAACGAUCUGUACAAAGCAAGUUAGACCAGAAAAUAAAUAUACGCUAUCACAGAAGUCAUAUAUCAGUACUUAUAAGCCCAAAAUGUAAAUCUUAAAGGAAAAUUAUGUAUUACCCAACGAUUUUAUAAAACCAUUUAUCGAUCCAAGCAACUGACAAGAUUGUCACAAAUAUAUUUGAAUAUUAAAAUCU